AUGUCCUACCCGAACUUGCUGGACCGUGGGAAUGUUAAUGGAAACGCAUAUGGGCACACGUACCGGGAACUCUACAUCGGCGGUGGUGCCAAAGCUCACCUCGGGGAUAAUAAAUUUCACUUUGGUCCGUUCAACGCCCCGACCACGUUCAGCUUCCCAUCCGGUAAGUCGAAGGAGGUCCUAAGGGUUCAAGAAGGUGCUCACGAUAGCCCCGCCAAAGAUCGACCCGAGACUCCACCACGCCCAUCAGCCGCGAUACCCUUCAGUCGCGACAAAGACUUCGUCAAACGAAGUAUCAUCCUCAAUCAGAUUCACGAACAAUGUGCUAUGCCCGGUUCACGGACUGCACUCGUCGGCCUGGGUGGCGUAGGCAAGUCGCAACUUGCCAUUGAAUUUGCGUAUCGGACCCGUGAACGAUCGUCUGAGACGUGGGUUUUCUGGGUCCACGCGGGUAAUGCAUCCCGGUUUGAGCAGGGUUAUCGCGAGAUUGCCGACCGCGUUAAGAUCUCCGGACGGCAGAACCCUGAGGCUAAUAUAUUUAAGCUCGUGUAUGAUUGGUUGUGCGAUAGCAAAGGGCAGUGGUUGCUCAUUCUUGAUAAUGUUGACGAUGCUUGUUUUCUUCUCGAUGCUCCGGUUUAUGACCAAAGGCAACCUACCGACUCGGCCACCGCUUCUAAACCCCUGCGGGAAUACCUUCCCCACUGUCAGAGUGGCUCGAUUCUCAUAACAACGCGGAACAAGGACGCAGCAUUGAAACUAGUUGAAGGGUGUGACAUCAUUUCUGUGGGUCCAAUGGACGAGGAGGACGCGCUGGCGCUCUUCGAGAAGAAAUUAGGAGUGCAUCAUGUCAGCAGUGGUAUUGCCGAGCUCGCAGCGGCGCUUGAGCACUUGCCGCUUGCUAUUGUCCAAGCGGCAGCAUAUAUCUCCAAGAGGGCGCCAAGAUGUUCGGUAGUAGAUUACCUUGCAAAGUUCAAGGAGAGCGACUACAAGAGAACAAGUCUUCUUAAUCGUAACGAGGGACAUCUUCGUCGCGAUUGGGAAGCAAAGAACUCUAUCAUCAUUACCUGGAAAAUAUCUUUCGAUUAUAUCCAUAAAACCAGACCGUCAGCAGCCAACUUGCUCUCGCUUAUGAGCUUUUUUGACGGACAAGGAAUCCCGGAGAACCUGCUUCGAAAUCGAACUGAGCAUGGGAAGGCUCAGGGAAAUCACAAAGGUCAAGAAGAUAAUGAAUUGAUUAGCCAUGAAGAAGAUACUCUAUCGCAAUCUAGCGCUGGCGAUGAUGAGUUUGAAGACAAUGUUUUAGCACUACGAAAUUUUUCCUUUAUAUCCGUCAACGUGGAUGGGAAAACCUUUCGAAUGCAUGCGUUAGUCCAGGUAGCGAUGCGGAAAUGGCUUGAAGAAUAUGGCGAGCUUGAUCGGUGGAAACAACAGUUUGUCAAGAAUCUUUACGCAGAGUUUCCGACAGGCGAAUACGAGAACUGGGCAAGUAUUCGUGGGGGAAAGGGAGCGUAG